GAGUGCGAAAGUAAACAAAUAUACUGCUUGCCUGGUCUGCUGUACAAAGGAGAGUCAUUACACGUUGUCAACAUCUCCAUUUUAUUGUAAUAAUUAAGCCACUUUUUCAUCAUUGAAUGUAUUACAUCAUCAAUUAAGGUUUUUUCUCUGUCGAACAGUCAUGACAGAUGAAGCCUUGUUUCUGUCUUGGCACAACCUGAGCUUGUGGGCCCCGGAUUCGCCAUCUCAAAAUGGUGAAAGUUGGAAACCUUGGAAAACUAAAAAACCUACAAAACUAUUGUUGGAUAACUUGAGUGGAUUUGCAAAAUCGGGGAGUCUACUUGCCAUAAUGGGACCAAGUGGAUCUGGAAAGACAACGCUUCUUGCAACAAUUAGCAAACGUAUUACAGAUCAGUUACAGGGAGAAAUACUUCUCAAUGGGAAGCCAUUAGACAAAGAUCUGAUGAUGAGGAUAUCCGGCUUUGUACCUCAACAAGAUUUAGCCGUAGAUACUCUUACUGUGAAAGAGCAUAUCCAAUUCAUGGCCAAUCUGAAAAUGGAUAACAGGCUUUUAAAAACACAAAGAGAAGUAAUCGUAGAUACACUUAUCAAAGAUCUAAGUCUUAAAAACUGUUCUGAAACAUUAUUGGGUGAAAUUUCUGGUGGAGAAAGGAAGAGGGCAUCGUUAGCCGUUCAGAUGCUCACAGAUCCACCGUUGCUAUUCUGUGACGAACCAACGACAGGCCUGGACAGUUACAGUGCGGCUACAGUGGUGAAAAUGCUGAGUCAGCUAGCCAGGCGGGGCAAGGCAGUGGUCUGCACAAUCCACCAGCCUGCCUCUGAUGUGUAUAUUCUGUUUGACAGACUCUGCCUUCUCCUACCCGGUGGACACAUGGCCUACCAUGGUGAUUCGUCUGCCGUGCGGGCUCACUUCCAGAGCAUGGGAGUUGAGUUUCUCGGAUCAUACAAUCCGGCUGACAUUUUACUUCAAAGACUGAACCCGAGAAAUCGAGAUGAUAAGAUUGCUGUGAUGACUGCGUUCGACAACUCAUUGGCCAAAGCAGAGCUUACCAAAGAACUUGCUGUGAUCUCAAACUCUGCGGGCCCUCAAAGCUUUUACUUUGGUAUUGAGGAUAAGUUCCUGAAAUACUACACAAUUCAGAGACCGGCACUCUUACUACAGAUGCGCUUAUUGUUAUGGAGGACGUCGAUAAGCAUGUUCCGCAACUCCCAAAGAAUACUCCUAAGACUCAUGAUGUACAUAUUUACUGGUCUUCUAGUUUCCACGCCGUACACACAGCUAGCAUUGGACCAGAAAGGAAUACAGAACUUUCAAGGUUUCCAUUACGCAGUCAUAACUGAGACCAUAUUCUGUCACGCUUACAGCGUCAUGCACACCUUUCCGUCUGAGAUUCCAGUCUUAUUGAGGGAAAUGGCUAAUGGUCUCUACAAACCUGGGCCCUAUUAUUUCUCAAAAGUUCUAAUACUUGUGCCAAGGGCUAUCAUAGAGACACUUCUGUUCUGUAGUGUAGUCUUCUAUGUGGCCCAAGUCAAAGGUGGAGCUCUUGGUUUUCUCAUGUUCACAGCUCCAGUCAUUGCAAGUGCUGUUACCAGCACCGCUUAUGGAUGUUUCAUAUCUGCGAUGUUUGAAAAUAUAGCUACAGCCUCACUCCUGUUUGUCCCACUGGAUUUCAUAUCAUACACAUUUUGUGGACUCUUCUUGCAAUUAAGCACUGUCCCAUUCUAUUUAAAGUGGGUGAAAUACAUUUCAAGAUUCUACUAUGGAAUUGAGGCGAUAUCAAUACUUCAAUGGCAACAUGUUGAUGACAUAGCUUGUUCUAAUAAUCCAGACAUUCCAUGCAUCAGAACCGGGGAAGGGGUAUUGGAAAAAUACGGCUUCAACUCCAUGAACCUGAGUCUUGACUUUUUCGCAAUGUUCAUCGCCUUUUGCCUGCUUCAUGUGUUCGGAUUCUUGAAUUUAAAACGAAGAAGCAAGCAACAAUCAAUUUAUUAGAUAUCAGAGCGCCAUGGUGGAAACAAACAGAGGUGCUCUCCCAUGAGACUCAUUUUCAUUCAUUAUUCAAAAUAUAUAAAUAAGAAAAACGAAUAAAUAUAAGUGAACAUAUUGAAUUAAAUUGUAAUUUAAAUAGAUUUUUAUGUAAAUUUGUAAGAAGAAUAAUUCAAUAAACAUGUAUAUUUUUUAAUCAACUGCUGAUAUAUUUGUAUUAGUCAAUUAUUAUCUAUCAUGUAUAUACGGUAUAGUUGAUUAUUCUUGGUCAUUGAAACACUUUGAAAAUGUGGGCACAUCGAUGUGUAUAUUUAAACUGUCAUAAACGUU